GGCUGGGAGUUCUUAGGAGUUCUUACCUAACUCCAGUGUUUACUUAGUGGGUGCCUGGAGGGGGUGGAGUCAGUUAGGGCUGGGAGAGGCCCCACAUUCCUUUCCUUUGAUUCGCAUCCUGUGCGACAGUUGGAAGGCUACUCUACAUAUGAGGUGAAGGCCUGAGAGCAUAGCGAACAGAGCACAGCAAACAGGGAUAGGAAAUAGGACGUAGGAAAUUUGCAAACAGGAUGUAGGAGUUUUGCAAACAGGAUGUAGGAGUUUUGCAGGAGUUUAGCGGGAAGUGUGUGGGGGAGCCUGGAACAAGCCCCUGCGAUCACAAGGAGCCUGGUGGAGAAGAGAACUUAAAGGUUCCAGGUGCUAUAUAGUUCCGGUGUUUGUGGGACAAGUUUCUGAAAAUGACAUCUAUGAAAAUAUCCUGCUGCCAUCUAAGAGUGAAAACAUCAAAUACUUAUACAGAUCUCAAGAAGAAGAUUUUGAGAACUAUAACAUGAAAGUGGAAGCUAAAGGUAAAGAUAUAAAUAUUUAUCGGCUGCACAAAAGAAAAGACAGUUACACCUGUGUAUUAGCCAUGUUGCCAAGGACGAGUAUCAGUGCUAAGAAUUUUAACAACAGAAUCCUAGCCCCAGGUAUAAGAGAUUUUUUUGAGGUAUGUAACACAAAAGCAAUAACUACUUCGGAUUAUGAGUACAGCUGCUGCAAAACAGAUGCAUGUAAUCCUGGUGUAAGAUAUAAGGCGUCUGUUAAAGUUAAAACGCUGACUUGCUAUUAUGGUCAUGAUCCAAUCAAAGGUUCUGACAAUGGCUUCUGUGUAUCAGGCUCUUCGCCAGGAUAUAGAAAUAAUGACAUAGUCGGAUUUCGAAGAGAAGAUUUUGAGAAAUGUAACACAAAACUAAGAUAUGCUGGCGACAUAUGGAAGUUUUCCUGCUGCACAACAGAUAAAUGUAAUCCUCUUAUAAAAGCUAAAAUAGAAUAUAAUAUCUAAAACCUAAAAUCUGCUAAUGGCAAGUGAGCCCGGCCUGUCAGUAACCUGAAGGCCUAACGUCCUGGAUGAAGCCUUUUGGUAGAUUUAGCCCAGCUGCUUAUGUCUUGAGUGGAUGUCAGGCUGCUGAAAUAAAUUAAGAUGGAAUGAUAAACAAGCAUCCAAAAGCACAGUUUGUUUUUGAUUUAAUAUGUUUGUAUUAUGGCAGCUGCCACAGCUUCAUAGUUUCAUGAGGAACCCAUGUAUGUCUUGGAGCAUUUCCUUAAAAUAUUUGUUUUAUUGCUAAACACUGUACUCAUGCAAAUGUUGAGGGAAGCCAAGAGUCCAAGGGAAUUGUGUUCCAUAUAAAGAGAUAAACUUGGA